GGGACGGCUGAUCUACCAAAAAUGUUCAACCUACUGUCCGAGCUAGGCCCCCCACCUGCGAGUGUCGUCAGUGAUACCAAUGAAGAGGUCGCCGCAAAGAUGGCCCAACACUUAUCCUACGUUGCAAACACAAGCACCGAGCUAUUCAUGCGGUGUCAACUAUAUGCCAUGAAGCGGGAAGAAGAGUCACAAGCAUUUAAAGCCACGAUGAGGGAUUUGGAAAACCAACUUGAGUCUUAUCGCGCGCGGGUGGCCCAGUUGGAGGAAUCUUUAAAGCAAUAUCCGAAAUCCGAUCAGUUUCGCAGGGACGCCAUUGCUCAUUUCGCCUCUCAUCCGACCGAAAUACCUGGUCUGCUCUCUACUCUGUGCCCAUCUGAGGAAGCUGCUCUACCUCUAUUCCACAUGUUUCGGGAUGAUCCAGUGAUAUCAAAGAUGCUCCGUAGGGUGGCUGGCUGGGGAUACCACAAGGGAAAAAAGGGGAUGCAACAAAACUUGUAUCGCACACUGGAGGCUGCCCUUCCGGACGACUGGGAAGAGGUCCGUGUUGUGCUACCCGCCGAUCUGACACCUCCUGGUCCAGAACCAUUCAGCAAGCCUUCAACAAGUUCGAUUGAUCCUUCUGCAACAUCCUCAUGCAAUCAAGAUCCUUGACCGCUUUGCUCUCCUUUAAUUGUUCUUUAGGUUUUCCUUCGUGUGCUCGGGAGGCUGACCCCGUUUUUGUGUCAGUCAGACUAUCGUACUCUUUCAAGUAUUUCCUCU